CUUCACUAUCUAUUAAAAAGUGGGAGUACUUAUUAUCAGUAUGCACGGCCCAACUUGAGAAAAGGAGGCCUUCACCAGAAAUCUUCUUUAGGAGAUCCCUGAAUAUAUAAAUAAGCGCAGCAGCGACGCAGGGGUAAGCUGGACAGCGACUCAGCGAGCGGCAGACCAGGACACAAAGUCCGUUCGAAGCUCUUCAAUAGCUAAAUAUAGACCGGUGAUUUUCUUCAGCGUGAGUCAUCAGAGAUUGAGCGCAACGAUUAAUACUCUUGCACAAUUCUGAUCCCUGAGCUAGAGCACCACUAGAAUUGGGCAAAAUAUCAGCAUCAUGGAUGUCAUCUCCCAUUCAGAAAACAAAGAGAAGGGCACCGUAUGGACGAAUUCAAAGCGGAACUUGAACAUAACAAGAAGCGCAGAAAGUGAUAAUAUUCCUCAAGGAGUUCAGCUUGAAGGAUGUCUAAAAAAGAGGUGCCAUGAUGAUGAUCCUCUGGAAGCGAGAGAAUCGUCCCAUUUAGAGAGGCCUUGUAUUAUGCCACUUCUACCCCUCUGCGGCUCGAAGACAUCAGUAACCUUGAGUGGAACAGCUUCUAAAGGAGCAACCGGACCGCCUAUCGGAACCUUGGACAUUGGUCUCAGCAUACCUGCAUACUACUUCCGUAUUGCUCUACCUGGAGUUAAAAAGGACCUUGGUGAGUUCAGCUGUGAAAUUGAACGUGAAGGGAAGGUCCAUAUCCGUGGGGUGACUUCGACCAGUGAAAAUAUAUUGUCAAGGCAUUCUCGGCUGUUUGAAAUGAAAUUUCAGGAGCAGUGCCCUCCUGGGGCUUUCACUAUGUCUUUUAGCUUGCCCGGGCCGGUUGAUCCAAGGUUAAUUGCACCCAACUUCAGAUCUGAUGGCAUUUUUGAAGCUGUUGUUAUGAAAUACGAAGCAUAACAAACCCACAUUCUAGGUCGUUGAUGGCCAGUGUUAUCAUGAACGAACUAGAUCGAUGGGUAGAUAAUGUGCUUUUUUGCUCAUCACCGUGGGAACAUGAGUUGCUGUGAACUUUGAUGAGUUUUUUCUUAAAUUGUUACUAUGGUAAAAUCAUGGAUAAAAAUUGACUAAAGUUACUAUGAGUACAUUUAUAGUUACUUUGAUGUUAGAUUUAAAUAUAAUUGUAGCCAUUAAUGAUUACUAAAAUCGUUUUUUAUCCACUGCUUAUUUU